AUGUUUGGAUGUACACCUCUUCAUAUUGCUGUCAAAAAUGAGUUUUUUACGCAUAUAGUAAAAUUACUUAUUUUGCAAGGAGCCGAUGUAAACGCAAAAGAUAAUGAUGGGAAAACGCCUCUUCAUAUAGUUUUGGAAUAUGGAACUAUUUCAGAAAUGAAUCAAAAUGGGCGGAUGUAA